GUUUGCACAAACACUCACAGUGUGGCGGCGAGAAGCAUUGAGAGACCUGCGCCGGGAUACUGCAAUCACGCCAGAUGAAGCGCGAAAGAUCUCAGUUGCUUCGCUGAGGGAGCUGGUCGUGAACUUCCUAGGAGAGAUCUUGAAUGAGACCAUUCCUGGAGAGACCCUGUCGUUUGAGUCAGGUGAAGAAUUCACAGACAGCCAGCGCCCCAAAGAGCAGCGAAGCGCUGUCCACCCAGGACCCACAGAGAAUGCGAGUGCGAUCGGCAAGCCCAUGCUGGUCAGCUCACCAGAUGCGGCUCCCACCAAGACAGUGGAGCAGAAAGUCGCACCAGACAACAGCGGCCCUCUGUCUGGAAAGGCAGUUGACGAGUGGCUUCGAGCUGCAGUAGCUGCGAGGAUGAGGGAGGUGCCGGCGGCUGAAAGGGCCGCUGUUGCCAAGCGGGCGCAGGAGGUCAAGAAGCAGAUGCAAAAGCAAACUUUUUCCGCGGAGUCCGAGAUUGGUGCCGAGUUUGAGCGCUUAUUGUACACCUGA